CUAAAUUCAUAUUAAUCAAAUAGUAGGCCUUUCUUAUGACUUUAUGGUCUGGACAUUUCAUUGAUCUCAGUAGUGAAUUUCACUAAAAAGGCUUGUUUUCUAUCAAUAAUACAUUUUUUUUACUCAUUUUUAUGGACAAAGUAGCCAUCAUAUAAUGAAUAAGAAUUGAAAAUAAUAAAAUUUGACGAUACUUUACAGAAACACAUCUACCACCACUGAAGCUCAAAUAUAGAACAGUAAAUUUUUUUCAUCCCAUGAUAAAACAAUUGUUAUUCUGACUGUUAUUUUGUGCAGUUCUGAUAGCUGCCCUGAUUCCGACUCACAUUCAACUACAUUAGAAUCUAAAAUUAAAUACAUAAAUAAAAAUCCAAAAUAGCAUGUCUUCAUGAAGAAAUUAAAACACUGUGAUUCGGUCAAUUCUAAAUACUCAUUGCUUGAAUCGAGAAAAGAUCACAUAAAUAAAUUAGAUGUUAGAAAAAUAAAUUUGCAAUCCACCUCAAAAUCUAGCAAACAAAUCAGUGGGAGUCAUAAUACCAGAAGGAUAAAGUGUAUUACACCGGAAAAUUCUACUUCAGCUAAAAAGAUGCAUAAAUCAGAUCUACCAUAUUUGAAGUUAUCUCAUAAAAAAAAUAUCUACAGUUCACCGUUAACAGACAAUAUUUCAGCAGUUAAUAUCUCGAAUGUUAAGCAGCAAAACUUUUCAAAACCACUUGAUUAUUUGCGUCGUAUUGUUUUGCCUUUUUCUGAAAAUUCAGCAGAUAAUAAACAUGAAUUCAUGGAUUUCCCUACAUCAUCAAUUUACUCUAACAGAUAUUCAGUUGAAAACUCAUGGUCAAAUUUAUGGCGUAGUGGCCUCCCAGAACAAAAGUUAACUAUAUGGUUACCUAGAAGAUUUACUGGACAAGAUGAUGAACAUCUUCAGUGCAAAUUAAACAAAACUCCGAGUAGCAUAAAACUACAUAAACUAAGCUUUCCCGAUUUAGAUUUCCUAGAACAAGAUAAUAGUUUCACAAUGAAGACAACGCAAAAAUGUUCACCGCAGAUUAAAAUGACAUCCAACAGUUAUUGGACGUUGAAUGCUCAUUGUGCUGAUCACAAUGCUAAUACCAAUAUUAAUAAUGAUAAUAACAACAGUGCAAAUAAUUCCAGACUUUCUAAUAACCUCCGUAAAAAUGGAGGUGAGCAUCUAACUCACUCUAAUAAUUCAAAUAGUUUAACCAUAAUGGGAAAUUCCUAUCCUAUUAAUAGACCUCCCGAUAUCAAAGAAAAAACCUUGGCACAACUGUCUCUUAUUAAAAAGGAAGAGAACUGCACAACAUCAAUUAACUCUAAUACCAAUGUGAAAGGCUAUAUGGAUCCGAUGGUAGGUGCGCCUGUAGAAUUCUUGAAUCGUUUAAAUGCAUUAUCAAAACUUCAGGCAGUAACCAAACGUUGGGAACGUACACAAUAUCGUCGUCAGGUUAAGAAAGAAAUGAUCAUUAAUAAAUCAGUUGUUGAACCAAUCAGAUAAUUCAAUAUGUUUAUGAUACUGCUUUUGUACUUUUUUAAACUGAGAUUAAAGUAUUUGAUAUCCAUAAA